GAAGAAGAAGAAGAAGAAGAAAAGGAAUGGGCCAAUCAGCGCAGUGCUUUUGGACAUUUAAACAAGACGUUGGGUGCUUCAUAAUUUUAAAAUUUCUGAACGGGAGGAAGGUUCGCCGUGCUUGGCUAAUACUAACUGAGGUGUGAUCAUUUGGAAAGUGCCUCAGCCAUGGCUCAAUUCGGAUUCGAAAACGAUAUUCAAGGCAUUUUGAAGUUGGACAUGCCAAUCACAAACGCGCCCAUGGCCAGGUGGCAGAGAAAAGCCAGUACCUCAACCUCCUCCGCUUUACCAUCACCUGGGAAGUCUGUCAACCUUUCGUUGACCACAUCGAAGACCCCAAGCAAAACUCCAGGAAAAAAUAAAAAAUGCACACCAUCCAAAGUUGGAGGCGAUCGCUUCAUCCCGAUCAGAAACGGACAGCAGCUCGAUGUGGCCAGCUUCCUGUUAACCAAGGAGAAUGAACCUCUGGAUCCAAACAACCCCGCGUUGGAGAACCAGAAGGCGUGGUCAGUCUCUCUCAAUGGGUACGCCGUUGAAGAGGCAAAGAUCUUGCACCUUGGUGGAAAGCCUUUGAAUGCUCCCGAAGGUUACCAAAACAACCUAAAGGUCCUUUACAGUCAAGUCACGCCUUCUUCAGUCAAAAAGACGAGAUACAUCUCUUCGGUUCCUGAUAGGAUCUUGGACGCUCCAGAGCUCAGAAAUGACUUUUACCUGAACCUGCUCGACUGGAGCAGCCGGAACGUUCUCGCUGUGGCGCUACAUGACAACGUCUACCUGUGGGACUCCACCCGAGGCGAAAUCACGCUGUUGAUGAAGAUGGAGCGGGAGGAGGACUACAUAACCUCCGUCUCCUGGACCAAAGAGGGCAAUUACUUGGCCAUAGGAACCAGUGACUUCAAGGUUCAGUUGUGGGAUGUGGAGAAUCAGAAGCGCCUGCGAAGCAUGACUAGCCACACUGCUAGAGUGGGCAGCCUGAGUUGGAACGACCACAUUCUGUCCAGUGCGUCACGUUCAGGACACAUCCACCACCACGACGUCCGGGUGGCCAACCACCACAUCUACACGCUGGAGGGCCACACGCAGGAGGUGUGCGGCCUGGAGUGGUCCCCCGAUGGCCGCUACCUGGCCAGCGGCGGCAACGACAACAUGGUGUACGUGUGGCCCGGUCUUGGCGAAGGCAGCAUCGGCAACGAGAGCCAGUCCCUCCACUGCUGGAGCGAGCACCAAGGUGCAGUUAAGGCUUUGGCUUGGUGCCCAUGGCAGCCAAACAUUCUGGCAUCCGGCGGCGGCACCAGUGACCGACACAUCCGCGUCUGGAACGUCAACAGUGGCUCCUGUAUCAGUGCGCUUGACACACAGUCCCAGAUCUCCUCGUUGGUGUUUGCACCUAACUACAAGGAGCUGGUGUCGGGCCACGGCUACGCCCACAACAACGUGGUCAUCUGGAAGUACCCGUCCCUCACCAAAGUGGCUGAGCUCGCCGGCCAUGAAGACAGGGUGCUCAACUUGGCUCUGAGUCCGGACGGCUCCACCGUCGCCACGGUAGCUGGCGACGAGACGGUGCGCCUCUGGAAGAGCUUUGAGCUGGACCCCAUUAAGAAGAAGGCGACGCGGAUGAUGAAGUCCACCAGUAGCGUCAUUCACCAGACCAUUAGGUGAUGACUCUGAUCGUUUUUCGGUCAAUGUGGGGUCAUUGGCGUUGACUAUAUGUGAUCCGUUUUUAUUAUUUCCUAGCGGAAGAAAGACUUUUUUUACUUAAAUUAUAUUUUAAUCAUGAGAUGGUUGAAUCAUCAGAAGGUAGUUGGGUUUUAUUUUGUUUUAUUUUUGUCAGUCGUCUUGUUUAUGUAUGUUUGCCAGGAAGUUUUACAAUGUUUUCUGCUGAUGUUGUGCAUUGUACUGGAUGAGAGCAUGGGGAAUAAAUUGUUCCAACAUUUUA